AACUAGAGGGAAAUUAAACAACUCAAGAUGGUCGCGGGAGCGUAUACUACGAGUCCACGGAGGCGAAAACCAUACAAAAAUGGCUAUUCUGCCAAAGCAAAUGGCUUUUCAUCUCACGAGCAAGAGAAGCUUAAAGAGUUUAAAGAAUCUUUUGUCGAGGAGUUUGAAGAUACACCGUUCCAAGUGGCUGUUUUAACCUACUUAUCAUACUUCUUCUUGAUUCUGUUCGGUUACUUGCGUGACUUCAUGCGAAAAUAUGGCUUGGAACGGUCGAAAGCUCCCAAAGAGUAUGGAAACAAGGGGUUUGUCCCUCUCUAUGCUGAUUUUGAAAGUUUCUACACUAGAAACCUUUACACUCGUAUAAGGGACUGUUGGAACAGACCAAUCUGCAGUGUUCCUGGUGCCGAUAUUGAGGUUCUCAGUAGAGUAUCUGAUGACUAUGGGUGGUCCUUCAGGCAAACUGGAGACACCACAAAGGCACUCAAUCUGGGUUCUUAUAAUUACCUUGGGUUUGCGGAAAAUGUUGGACCAUGUGCACAGGCUGCAGAACAGGCAGUCCAUAAAUUUGGUCUGGGAGGAUGCAGCUCACGGCAUGAGUAUGGUACUCUUCACCUUCAUGAUGAACUGGAGACUCUCGUGGCACGUUUUCUUGGCAAGCCCGCCGCAAUGGCGUUUGGGAUGGGUUUUGCUACCAACUCCACCAACAUACCCACCCUGGUGGGUAAGGGAGAUUUGAUAGUCAGUGAUGAGCUGAACCAUUCCUCACUUGUGCUUGGGGCAAGAUUGUCUGGAGCCAAAAUUAAAGUCUUCAAACACAAUGAUAUGAAGAGUCUGGAAAGUAUUCUCCGUGAGUCAGUUGUCCAGGGACAACCACGCACCCACAGACCAUGGAGAAAAAUACUCAUCAUUGUUGAGGGUAUCUACAGUAUGGAAGGCUCGAUAGUGAGGCUGCCAGAGGUUGUUGCCCUUAAAAAGAAGUACAAAGCGUACAUUUUUCUUGACGAGGCCCACAGUAUUGGUGCCAUGGGUCCCAAUGGAAGGGGCGUUACAGACUACUUUGGUGUGGACCCUGCUGAUAUCGACAUCAUGAUGGGGACAUUUACCAAGAGCUUUGGAGCAGCAGGGGGAUACAUUGCUGCAACUAAGGAAAUAAUUAGUCACAUCCGAGGAAGUUCUCACAGUGCAGCCUACGCUUCUUCCAUGUCGCCUCCAGUGGUGAUGCAAAUCAUCUCAUCCAUGAAGAUGAUCAUGGGUGAAGACGGCACAGACAAAGGAAAGAAAAGACUGAUUGCCCUUGCUGAAAACUGCAAGUAUUUCCGGCAGAGGCUCAAAGAAAUGGGAUUUAUUGUUUAUGGUCAUGAUGCCUCGCCUGUUGUACCUCUUCUUCUCUUUAUGCCAGCAAAAAUUGCAGCGUUUGGCCGUGAAAUGUUAAAGAGGAACGUCGCUGUUGUUGUGGUUGGGUUCCCUGCCACUCCUCUGAUCGAAUCUCGCACCAGGUUCUGCUUGUCAGCUGCUCACACGCGGGAAAUGUUGGACAAGGCUUUGGAGGCUAUCGAUGAAGUGGGUGACAUUCUGCAACUCAAGUACUCGAAACAGAAACACAAAAAAUAACUGAAUUUUCUCCAUCAGGAAGAAGUUUGUCCUGUACCAUAGACAUCAAAUGUAAUUGAAUUAGUGUGCAAAUACUUUGAUCCAUUGAUAUUAACAGUGUGACUAGAAGCUCUGCUUCUUUCCUGGAAUGCGCCUAGAAUUAAUAUGCAAGGAGGCCAAAAAAACUCGCUAUGGAUUUUAAAAUAUAUUAAAUUUAAUUGUUGGUUCUCUGUAGAUACGUAUCCGACCCAGUCCUCAGGUAUGUACAGAGUAUUAGCUUUCGGCACUAUGAAGCCUAGACGGUCAAUGUGAGCUAUCAUUGGUCAAUGGUUUCCAAUGGCAACAAGGUAUUGUUAAAAAGAUAAUCUCGGAAAUUCUGGUGCCGAAAGCUAUCUAGUGCUCAUUGGCUUGAAUUUUUUUGGACUGGUGACUUAGUCAAGAUUACAUAACUUGGUCCGGGUACUCGCUCUUCUCUCAGUGUAAUCAGAGUGGUGGGCAACUCUUCAGAGACAUAAUUUUCCGAGUAUACCGAAAAAGAAAUAGGUCUUGUUUUAAGUUUUCACUAAAUCAAUAGCAAGCAAUUUGAAGAAAAAUAUUAUAUGGUAAGAAUUGUCUAACAAAUAUUGUGUAAAUUCAUCAUUGUGAAAAAGAUGCACAUUUUCUUUAUAGGGGCGCUACUUUUGGGUACCUUUUCUGUUUUUUAAAACGAACAUAACUUGUCAUAUACAACAUUUUAUAUGUUUAUCCUACUUUAAGCAGUGCAAUUUUUGGAGUUACUUAUUUAACGCUACAGCAUGUAGGAUCAUAUAUCAUAUACUUUAAAUAUUUAACACUGCCGCAGGAUUGUAUGUUUAGCGAUUCUGUGAGAAAGAAUGGUAAGAACUUAGGUGAAAAUAAUAGCCUUAACUCAAAGUGCGCAUUUCAUACUAACCAUUUGCGCGCUAAAGUUUUCUAGGAUAUUCUUGAGUUGAGUGGUCUUGACAGAGGAUCUGUAAUAAUACUUGUUCAACGUGGCUCGGUGGGGUUAAAACACGCGCGCGAGUGGCAAAGUUUCGUCAUUUGCGUGGGUGUCUCUCGCGGAUUGCGAGUUUUGCUUUCGUUCCGAGUCUAGGAUGUAAUUUAAAUAUGCAUACUGGUGAGGAACUAAUGCCAGCUUUAGCACUGAAGUCCUCGUGAAAGCAGCAGAAAUAAAGUUUACGAUUCCUCUACCGUUCGGAAAGAACUCGGAAAGAAAUGUCAUCAGACGUCAGGUUGCUAGGCAACAACACAACGCUGCUGAAACGCGCGGGCUCAGUAAAAAGAGGCACUUGUUCUGUGCCAAUAAACCAAUAAAAUAACUUGAAGAAGGUACAAUGUUUUUUAUGUUAGGUAAUAACAAGCAUAGAGUAGUGCCUGAUCACAGACUGAUAUGAAACAACCUAAAACCAGUGUAAUUAAAUACUUGUGGAAAUCGUUGA